CUACUAAGAGGAUAAUAUUUAUAUGGUCAUAUAUAUUGGUUUAAGUUCUUUUUUCUAGUGUCUGUUGAAACUUGAUAUCCCCGAAGAUCUGUUGAUUCUGGUGUAAUUUGCUACUGAUUGUUGGUAAUCGGUGAAGCAACAUCAAUUUGAUUGAGCACCUGAUGGAGGGUGCCAACGAUAGGUAGCUCUAUAAGGUUUUUCAAGGGCACCUGAUGGCGACACUUCCGGUUUUGCUUGUUCAGUACCAUUCCUACUUUACAAAUGUUGUCUCUAUUUGCAUGAUGUUGAGAUGCACGACAAGCCUUCUGUUUUGUGUUAGAAAUGGUGCUUCGAAAUUCAUUUCUAUAGGGGAUCUUGACCCGAAAUUUUUUUAAUCUUCGUGAAUAUUCACAACAGAGUCUUAUUUUCCAAGUGAAAGCCUGAAAAUGGGCUUAAAAGCAGUUGAAGAUUUGAUAGAGGCUUCGUCAGGGGUUCAUUUUUCUGGAUUUCAUUUAGAAAAUACAGAUCCAAGUACUUCAGUGGUUGAACAACCAACCACCUCUGAAACUGAAAAUAUCAAGCAACCCUUUGUCAUAGGAGUUGCUGGAGGUGCAGCAUCUGGGAAGACUACAGUUUGUGAUAUGAUCAUCGAACAGCUUCGUGAUCAGCGAGUUGUACUUGUUAACCAGGAUUCAUUUUAUCACAAUUUGACACCGGAGGAGCUUAAAAGAGUUCAUGAGUACAAUUUCGACCAUCCUGAUGCAUUUGACACCGAGCAAUUAUUGAGUAUUAUGGAGAAACUGAAGCAUGGUCAGGCAGUAGAUAUUCCAAAAUAUGAUUUCCGGAGUUAUAUAAAUGAUGUCUUCCCUGCUCGAAGAGUAAAUCCUUCAGAUGUCAUUAUUUUAGAAGGAAUACUCAUCUUCCAUGACCCACGUGUCCGAGAUUUUAUGAAUAUGAAGAUAUUUGUAGAUACAGAUGCUGAUGUACGCCUGGCAAGGAGAAUAAGGCGUGAUACAGUAGAGAAGGGUAGAGAUAUCGGUAUGGUACUUGACCAGUACUCAAAAUUUGUGAAGCCUGCUUUUGAUGAUUUUAUACUUCCAACAAAAAAGUAUGCUGACAUUAUUAUUCCUCGUGGAGGAGACAAUCAUGUCGCUAUUGACUUGAUCGUCCAACAUAUCCGGACUAAACUUGGUCAACAUGAUCUUUGUAAAAUAUAUCCAAAUCUGUAUGCCAUUCAGUCAACUUUUCAGAUAAGGGGUAUGCAUACACUUAUACGUGAUGCUCAAACAACGAAACAUGACUUUGUCUUUUAUUCUGACCGGUUGAUCCGAUUGGUUGUUGAACAUGGUCUUGGGCAUCUUCCAUUUACAGAAAAGCAGGUGAUCACCCCGACUGGGUCUGUGUACACUGGAGUUGACUUCUGUAAAAGAUUAUGUGGCGUCUCUGUUAUCAGAAGUGGUGAGAGCAUGGAGAAUGCCCUGCGAGCAUGUUGCAAAGGAAUAAAAAUUGGCAAAAUUCUUAUUCACAGGGAAGGUGAUAAUGGUCAAGAGUUGAUCUAUGAAAAACUGCCGAACGACAUCUCAGAUAGACAUGUCUUGUUACUGGAUCCAAUACUGGGCACAGGAAAUUCAGCUGUUCAAGCUAUUUCUCUACUUAUCAAGAAAGGUGUUCCAGAGUCAAACAUCAUAUUCCUUAAUCUAAUUUCUGCACCUCAAGGAAUACAUGUGGUCUGCAAGCGAUUCCCCCGAGUAAAGAUAGUGACAUCUGAGAUUGAAAUUGGUUUGAAUGAGGAUUACCGUGUUAUCCCUGGUAUGGGCGAGUUUGGCGACCGGUACUUUGGGACAGAUGAUGAUUGAACACCA